GGGUGGUUUCGAAGCUCUCGCACUUUAAGCACUUGACCUAGAUAUGUAGUAAAGUCUUAGAUUUGGGAAUCGAAAUCUAUUGUGAUGCUUAGGUAGCAGAAACACUAGUUUUAGCAGUGUUGUUGAGUCUCUUCUGAUGACAGUUGAACCCAAAUUGUUUUUACAGGGUUUAUCUUCUUUUCAGAGAGGUUUACAGACAUAAGAACUCAAUGGUUAAUGCAAUCAAAGGAGUGUUCAUCUCCUGUGAUAUUCCCAUGGGGCAGUUGAUAGUGAACAUGAACAACUCGAUGCCUUCGUCUCAGAGAUUCAUAAUUCAUGUACUUGAUAGUACUCACUUGUUUGUGCUGCCACAUGUUGAGCAGAUGAUUCGCAGCGCCAUUGCUGAGUUCAGAAAUCAAAACUCUUACGAGAAGCCUACUUAAGACCACAUCACCUUCAUGCUUCUUCUUUUCAGAUUCGAAUAAACACUUCAUAAUUAAUAAGAUGGAGAGAGUUUGGCAAGAUUAGACUUACUCAUAUGCUUAUAGUGAAUAUUGACAAGUCAUUUACUCUCUGCACCGGGAUUAGAAUCAGUCUGUUUUCUCUGGUUAUGUUUGAUUAGGUGGAUACUCAAAAUGAUGAUAUUGGUCUUGUGAGAAACUCAUUGUCACAAGCAAAAGGUUUGAGACUGUUUCUCUGUGUUGGUUUUUGAAUCAAUCAAUUUUCUCAAACCAAGGUGGGUUGCAUCAGUUUUUCCGGCUA